ACCACACGCGAUAUCAUCAAGCCGCAAGCGGACUCCAUCGAGUACGAAGGCAUGGAGCUGAAAAACCGAAUGCGUAUCCUUCUCGGCAGCGACACGAAAGCCGAAAUGGCUCAUGUGCUCCUGUGCGUAAACGGUGUCGGCUCACUGUCCGACCCGUGGAAUUUGCACGGCCUGGCGCACUUUACCGAGCACAUGAUCUUCAUGGGGAGCAAACGAUUCCCCGGGGAGAACGCACUCGACGCUUUCAUUACAAAGCACGGAACGUUCCCAAAUGCCCACACGUACAAGUCGGCGACCUGCUAUUUCUACGACAUCAACCCCGACUACUUAGAGCAGUCGCUCGACAUAUUUGUGGCGGCUUUCGAAGAGCCAGUCAUCGACGAGUCUCACAUCGAUCGGGAGCUUAUUGCCAUUGAUAACGAGUUCCGGGAGUCAUCUGAAGACGACAUGGUCCGUCAAGAAAGGGUCGACGAGAUCACUGCCGACAGCGAGCACGACAACAGCAAAUUCACCAACGGUAACGUCGAGAGUCUCAGAGAGGCGACCUCGCUGAAAAACUUUACGCUGCAGAAUGCCGUGAAGAAAUUCGUCGACGAAUAUUAUUCAGCCAAUCUCAUGAGCGCGGUGAUCGUUUCCCGACACUCGCUCCCGGAGUUGGAGAGACUGGCUGCGGUGGCCCUGUCGUCGCUGGACGAUAAAGGGACCGUGAUGCCCAAAUGGAAAUCGCCUUACACGGAAGAGCAUCUCGGUGUUUUGAUAAAGAUCGUACCCAUCGAAGACAUCACCUCGAUGAGGCUAGUUUUCCCCCUGCCCGACCUCAUUCAGUACUACCGACAAAAACCCGAAACCUAUCUCGCGACGGUGAUAGGCCACGAGGCCGAGGGCAGCCUCUUUUCGUAUCUGCACAAAAAAGGAUGGGUCCUGCAUCUUGAAGCACACACAAAAGACGAAACGCCGGGACUGUCGCUGCUCGAGGUGAAAAUGAAGCUCUCGAAAGAGGGUCUGGGCCACGUCGACGAGAUCAUCACAGCGUUCUUCGAGUACGUUAAAAUGCUCAGGAGAGAAGGCCCGCAACGAUGGUUGUACGAUGAAAUCGCCAAAAUCUACGACAUCAUGUUCCGCUACAAGCAGAAAGUGCCGCAGACCUCUUUCAUGGUUCCGAUCUGCCGCCAUGUGUCCGUCUACCGUUGGAGAGACGUUCUGGCGGGACCGAACUUGUUCUUCGAAUACGACGCGAAGCUGAUCUCAGAAAUCAUGGACUACAUCGUUCCGCCACGCAUGCGGGUGACCCUCGUGUCCUGGGAAUUCAAGAACCAGACCGACAAGGAGGAACACCACUACAGGAUAAAGUUCAGCGUUGAGAGGAUCCGACAGGCCAAGAUCCAGGCUUGGCAGGACCCCAUCAGCAACCCGGCUUUCAAACUGCCCGCGAAAAACGAAUACAUACCGAGAGAUUUUUCUAUGGCCAAGCACGAAGACCACUAUUCUUGCAUACCGAAACUCGUCGUGAAUAAACCGUCUUUCCACAUGUGGUUCAUGCAGGACAAAUCGUUUAACGUUCCUUGGACCGUUGUGCAUCUCAACGUGAGACACCCAAUGAUGACAGCGUCGGCGCUGAAUCACGUCAACCUUGAGAUGCUCAUACGAGUCUACAAGGAUGCUGUUACAGAGUACUUCUACAAUGCCCACCUGGCUGGGUUCAGUUUCGACCUAAGUCAUCAGAACGGCGGUAUCGGUCUGCAACUCGAAGGUCACCAUUCCCAAGUGCACUACUUGCUCCGAGAUUAUCUGGGACGAUUCGGUGGCUUUAGAGUUGACGCACGGCGAGAAGAAUUCGACCGUUUGAAACUGGCUUACGAAAACGAACUCCGGGUAGCGAUCAGCGAUCGGCAGGUGGCGCUACAAAAAGUCGGACGAUUCAUGGAACCGUAUCUUUUGGAAAACUACUUCACGUUUGAGGAGCGUCUCGACGCUCUCUCCAACUGUACGAUUGAAAGUGCCCAGGAGUUUUUACACAUCUUGAAGAAGGAGUCGACCGUCGAAGCUUUCGUUUACGGCAACACAGUGUCCACGGAGGCAUUUAAUAUGUCUCGAACGAUCAUGAAAACUUUCGGACAGGGUGGUCUCACUUUCGCUGACACCCAAACGUUCCGACAUCGACGGCUGAGACGUGGAGUCGCUUACCGUCAGCAACGGAUUGAUCCGCAACUAUCGACAAAUUGCCUGUACAUGGUGGUCGAGGUGGACCGUGAAGGAGUCACUGAAGAUCGAUUGGCUGCAUUGACCACCCUGUUCUCCAGGUUGAUAAGGGAGCCUCUGUUCAAUGUGAUCCGAACAACGGAGCAACUCGCGUACAUGGUGCAGGCACCGGAGAAACGUCAGCGCGGAUCUCUCGGUCUGAUAUUCUACAUAGUGACGAUACACAGCGUCAGCUACGUGGAGGAACGUCUGGCGGAGUUCUUGCGGAAUUACGUUCGCAAGUUUCUCAACGAGCUGACCGACGCGGUUCUUGAAGAGCAGCGCGGAGCAGCGAUCAAACAGAAACUCAUCAAACCUCAGAAGAUUGAGAUCAGUUCUACAUCUUACUGGGGCGAGAUGGUAGAGCAGACUUAUCUGUUGCAACGCAACUCGAAGGAAGCUGAAGCUUUAAGGUCCAUCACGAAGAAAGACCUCGAGGACUUCUAUGAGCGAUUCUUCGUCAAUCCCAACACAACUACAACUUACGUACUCUAUGUGUCCAAAGAACCGGUGAAAAGUAAUGUGAAAUGGUCACGACAAGACUACUUGGUGGACUCGGUGGAGGCAUUCCAACAAGACCACGAUUUUUAUACAUUUGAGAAGGAUUUGUCCGUUGUUCGCAUGGGCCCUUGAACUUGAGCGGCGGUGAAACUGCGAAACUUCGACGGCAACGUCGACGGCGGCCGAGAGUUCCCACAGUGUUCGUACGGGUCGAGGAUCGAUCGCUGCAGAGAAAACAUAUCGCAUCUAUUUUCUCCACUAAAAUUGAGGGGAGCUCCUGUUGAAGAGCGAAUCUCAAUUCAGCUGAAUACGCGCUCGUCCCCGCCGUGCACACGCUGCCUGAUGUAAAAUAUACUGAUUGUGAGCAAAAAAAAAAGAUCGAGACUACUGGAAUGAAAUAAAAAGGGAAGAAGUUCG